AUGUCUCGGCCAGAGUUCAAUGAUUCCCCCUUGCCGAAAGACUCCCACCAGUACGAUCCGGUCAUGCAAUCGGAGCCCGAGCCGGACUCGCCCGUUGUUUCCUCCUCCCCCAUCCGCCAUCGUACCCUCCGGCAGAGAAUCUCUGCCGCCGUCGCCAAGUCUGGUUCCAAACCGUUGCUAUGCUUUCUGCCUCUAGGCCUUGUGGCGGACGCGCUACACUGGAACCCCGUCCUGGUCUCCAUCUACAACUUUCUCGCCGUCAUUCCCCUCUCCGUCAUAGUUUCAGAUUGCUCCGAUGAGCUGUCUGACUCGCUAGGCCAGCUCAUGGGGGGCUUGAUCAAUGCGACCUUUGGUAACUGUGUCGAGCUGUCGACCGGCAUAUUGGCCCUUAUUCGUGGCGAAAUAUACUUUGCGCAAUCUGUCAUGAUUGGGAGCAUUUUGUCCGAUCUCCUUCUCAUCCUUGGUUGCUGUCUCGUCGCCGCCUCAUACAAUACCUUCAUCCUCCAUUUCAACAAACCUGUCACCGGCGCGCUCGCCUCAUUGAUGGUGGUCACCUCGGUCGGACUGAUUCUGCCUUCAGUCCUGUAUUCCACUUUCCCGUUUGACCUGGGGGACCAGAUCGUAGCGUUUUCACGUGGCACAUCUGCCGUUCUAUUGGCGCUCUAUGGUGGGUAUCUAUAUUUUCAGCUGGGUACCCAUAGCCAUCUCUUCCUCCAAGGGGAGACCGAGAGCAACUCGUCGCGGGAGUCACAGCGCAGCAUGAACUGGCUCACGACAAGUCUGGUUCUGUCCUCGCUAGCCAUAGUUGUCUGCACGAAGAACAUCAUGGACAGCAUUCCCGCAACUGCGGCAACCCUAAACAUCUCGAAGACAUUCAUUGCGACUAUUCUCAUUCCCAUAAUUAGCAACAGCUGUGAAGGGGCAGUGGUCAUUACUGCCUGUGGUGGUGGUGGCGAUGUCAACUUCGCCAUCAGUAUGAUCGUGAGCAGUAUCCUACAGAUUGGAUUGUUUGCCAUUCCCUUCCUAGUCAUGCUGGGUUGGGUCAUAGGUACACCGAUGACGCUAUAUUUCGAAACCUUCCACACCGUGGUUCUCUUCUUCUCCGUGCUGCUGGUGAACUGCAUCCUGCAGGAUGGGAAGUAUACCUAUAUUCACGGGAGCAUGUUGGUCGCUAUGUAUGCGAUUUUGACGCUUGCUUUCUACGUUCGGUAG